AGAAACAGGCCCAAUUAACAAUUAUAUAAAAUAAAAUCUCAUUUAGACCCAAUUUACUUUAGCAAAACAAAAGCCCAAUAAAUGGCCCAUUUUUCUUCAUCUUCUUCACCUACUACUCACCCGUGAGUUGCAGAAACUGCGGCCACCAAAACUGCAACCUCAGAAAUCCUCUCCGAUCGAUACUUCAACCACUACUUUCCUCUCUCCUCCUAUUUUAAUGGGUACCCAAUGGCUUUUCAUUUAAGAAAUUCAAAAAAAUCGCCGCUCUCCGCAUCCACACAGGUCCACAACUUCCUCGCCGGAGAUGGCGGCCGACCGUCACUCGUCGCCGCCGGGUUACACUCUCCCUUCCACGGACAAGACACGCCGUUACGAGGACGAGGAGUUCAAGGAGAGCAAAUUGACGGUAGCUCUCUGCCCGUGUAUUUUCUGCUUAAUUCUUUUACUCGUAGUAGCAUCAAUCGUACUCGUUGUCAAAUUCCGUUUGUACUGCCAUACCCCUCUUCACUCUCUCCUCUUCAAAAAUGCCUGCCGUCGGUAAUCCCACACCAAAAUCCCCCACUUUGCUUGAAUAAAAUUAGGCCCUUUUGUAGCGAUGUCAAUUCGGUGCACACCGAUUCCGAAUUCGAUAGCGACAUUGAAAAUGAAUCAGCUUCUGUUGAUAGUGCCGAAUUUGAGGCCGAUUCGAAGGAGGUGGAAAGAGUAUGCAAGGUGAUCGACGAAAUGUUUGCUCUAGAUAGGAACAUGGAGGCCGUUUUAGACGAAUGUGGGAUCAAUCUGAAUCAUAAAUUGGUGUUGUGUGUGCUGCAGAGAUUCAAUCAUGCUCGAAAACCCGCAUUUCGGUUCUUCCGUUGGGCUGGAGAUAGGCCUGGAUUCUCUCACAAUUCGACCACUUACAAUGCAAUGAUGAACAUUCUUGGAAAGACCAGACAAUUCGAGACAUUGGUUUCUCUCCUCGAAGAAAUGGGAGAGAAGGGUUUGCUCACGAUGGAGACCUUCACCAUCUGCAUCAAAGUCUUCGCCGCUGCAAAGGAGAGGAAAAAGGCAGUUGCCAUUGUCGAUUUGAUGAAGAAAUAUAAUUUCAAAGUCGGAAUAGAGACCGUUAAUUGUUUGCUCGAUGCAUUGGGUAGGGCCAAGCUCGCAAAAGAAGCUCAAACGUUGUUCGAGAAAUUGGAGCCCAAAUUCGCCCCGAAUCUAAAAACGUACACAAUCUUGAUCAACGGUUGGUGCACGGUAAAGAAUUUAAUGGAAGCCGCUAGAAUGUGGAAUGAAAUGAUCGAUAAAGGGUUUAAACCCGAUAUCGUAGCCCACAAUAUAAUGCUCGAAGGGCUUUUGAGGAGCCAUAAAAGAUCCGAUGCAAUCAAGUUGUUCGAGGUAAUGAAGUGUAAGGGCCCACUUCCUACUGUUAGGAGUUAUUCUGUAUUAAUCAAGAAUCUAUGCAAACACGGCCACUUAAAAGAAGCUAUAGACUAUUUUGACGAGAUGGUCGAUUCUGGAUGUGGGCCCGAUGCUGCGGUGUACACAUGUUUAAUGACGGGUUUUGCGAAUCAAAAGAAGAUGGAUGUAGUUUAUCGGUUAUUAAGCGAGAUGAAGGAGAAAAAUUGCCAGCCCGAUGGCCGAUUGUACAAUGCAUUGAUCAAGAUGAUGGUGAACAGAAGAAUGCCCGACGAAGCGGUGAAGAUAUACAAGAAGAUGGUGCAGAGUGGAGUCGAGGCUUCGGUCCACACUUACAACAUGAUCAUGAAAUCGUACUUUGUCGCAAGAGAUUGCGAAAUGGGGCUUGCGGUUUGGGAGGAGAUGAAGAGGAGAGGGUUUUGUCCGGACGAGAACUCGUACACGGUUCUCGUGGGAGGGCUUGUAAGGCAGGGGAGAUUGAAUGAGAGUUGUAGGUAUUUGGAAGAGAUGAUUGAUAAGGGGAUGCGGGCCCCACGGAUCGAUUAUAAGAAGUUUUCGGCGGGUUUUUAUUGGAGUGGUGGAAGGAAUUGUUUGGAGGAUUUGGCUGAGAAGAUGAAAUUGUCUGGUAAUUCUGAGGUGGCUAAUUUGUUGGAGAGAUGGGUUAAAUGAUUGUGAUGAUGAUGAUGAUGAUGAAGAAGAGUAGUUUAUUACUUAUUAGUGAUGAGAUUAAUUUGUAAUUGUAUGAUUAGUUAUGUUACUUAUUGGUGGAGAGGAUAGUGAAAUUUUGUUGUAAAUGUUUGUGGCAUUGUCAUUUUAUAUAAACUUUUGUUAUCAAGAACUGAAAUGUUAAAUGUUCGUUUCGGUUUUGCUAAUACUAAUUUCAUUUCGAGUGUCGUUUUGAUUA